AUGUUCCAUACGCCACCAAUAAAACAAUCAUUUAAUGAUGAAUCAACUCAGGAAUCAUAUCAGGAUCCUUUAAGAUCAAGAUCAAGAUCACUGAGUUUACUUAGCAGAAAGGAAUCAUUGAGCUCAAUUCAUAGUGAUAAUGAAGAAUUACCACAAGAAUUACCAUCACAAUUGAAUCAAUUUAUUGAUGGAUUCUUGAAAGAUUUGAAAACUCCAAGGUAUCAAAAACCAUUAACACCAGAACAAUUAAGUGAUACUUUCCAAGAUUUUUAUACCAAGUUCCAAAACAAGACUGAAGUUUUCGUUAAAGGUUCUGUCUUUUAUAAGAAGAGAGUUGCUAAAAUUGAAAUGCUGACACCUGUGGAACAAGAAGAACAAAAUCGAUUUGAACAACGAAUCGAUUCUAAAAUUAGAAGAUACAUGGAAAUUUCUGAAGAGAAAAUAUGUAUUGAAUUAUUUGAUAAAUUAUUUAAUAAAUUUAAUAAAGAUGUUUCAACAAAUGAUUAUAUUAAAAAAAAAUUGAAAACAAUUCAAAAAAUCCCCAAUAUAAAUUAUGAAAUAUUAUUAGAUAUCCAAAAAAUUGACUUGGAUUCACCUAUAUUAUUUGAAAUUUCAAAUUUUUUCAAUGAUUUAAAUCAUUAUAAGACACCAUAUUCAAAAUUAAAAGUAUUAAUUAAAAUUCAUUCAUCUAUAAAUAAUUUCUUAAAAGCACAAUUAAACACACAAUUCAUUGAUGGUGAUUAUUUUUUACCAUUAAUCAUAUUUUUAAUCUUGAUAAACACAAAUGAUGUUGAUUUUUAUUCAAAUUUUAUAUAUAUCAAGAGAUUUAGACAAGAUUUAUUACUCAUUGAAGAACCAUUAUAUUGUUUAACAAAUUUUGAAGCUGCUAUUACAUUUAUCCAACAUUUAGAUAUCUUGAAUAAUGAUGAUUUAAAUUAUAAAGAACUUGAUGAAAAUGAUAUACAAUUUUUAAAAGAAAAACAUGAAUUUAAAGAUGAAAAUAUUGAUAUUGUAUUACCAUCAGAUGGUCAAUUUUUAUCAACUUCCACAGAUGGUAUAAGAUUAAUUAGUUCUGCAAUUGAUAAUUCAUUUAAAUCAAUGAUUCAUAGAUUUGGCUCAGCAAAUAUUAAUGAACAAUCAACAACAGCACCACCUACAACAACAACAAAAUCUAUUGAAGAACAAUCAUUAAACUCUGGUAGUAUAGAUGGUUAUAAUCCAUUAAAUAAAAUUGUUGGAGCAAUGAGAUGGAGAAGUGGUAGUGGGAGUGGGAAUAAUACAACACCAACAAUUAUAGAACCACAAAAUUCACCACCACCUUCACAAAAUAAACAAAAUCCAUCAUUACCUAUUGAUAUAACUAAAUUUUCAAAUAAAUCAUCAUUUGAAGAUUUUAAAAUAUCUGAAUUAAAAGAAUUAUAUAAUGAUUAUUUAGUAUUAACAAAAUGGGCUGGAUCUCAAACAAAAUAA